UCUCUCUCUCUCUCUCUCUCCCCUUCCCCUCUCUCUCUCUCUCCCUCCCUCCCUCCCUCUCCCCUAUUACACACUCUCCCCUGUCUCCUCCAUUCUGUGGCGACUCAUGUACGUGAUCGUCAGAGCUGCACCCAGCCAAGCUACAGGUUCUUCAAAGAGGACUGUUCAUCUGAUGACUACUGAUCUAGAAGAUCUCCUUCCUAUAUUUACUUCCAUCUUACUAUAGUUUAUUUCAUCUCCUCUGAUUUUAAUGCACUGCUUCCGUCUUAACUUUGAGUAGUAUUUUUAUUAGACCUAAUCCUCUUUCCUUUUAUUAGUUUUCAUUCUGCUUCUUUAUAUCAAUAAAGAAGUGGCUGAUUUCAUACGGAUACCCAGAAGGAUUCACUUAAUUUAUUUUUAAGGAAUUAUUAUUUAUUUACAAACAAAUCUACAUAGGGUUUUGUUUUAUCCCCUUAUUUUUUGCAGCGUUCAUCUCUGUUAUACACAACACACAAAACCUGUGGGCACAAUGUGGUCUAACUUUUUCAUGCAGCAGGAAGAGGAUUCACGAAUGGGUGGGCAUGUGGGAGCCGGGGCCGGGGGAGGGGGAGGGCGAGGUAAAAACAGGUCCAGGUCCGCACACAUGAGUGAGAGCCAAGAGGGCAAGAUCAAGAUAGCAUUUUUUGUGGCCAUUGUGGGAGUGACUCUAACCGUGCUGGGACUGGGCACAGAGUUCUGGGUGGAACUGGCACAGCCUAAACACUUCCAAAACAACCAGUCAUGCCAGAUGGUGCACUACGGCCUGUGGAAGGCCUGUACACGCACACUCUGGGUGUCCGACAUUGACCCGGAGAGAGAGAGCUGUGGCCCGGCAGAGCUGCCUGGAGAAUCAAACUGCACAUACUUUAAGUUCUACACUUCAGGAGAGAAUGCAGUCAUUUUUAAGAAAACAACAGAUAAAACUUUAAGUCUGGCAUCAGCGAUGCUGGCAAUGUUCAGUUUGUUUCUAAUGGCGAUGGGCUCCGUGUGUAUUAUCAUGUCUCUCUCGAAGAAUGUACCUUUCCUCCUCAAGCCUGCGUCUGUCUGCUUUCUCGUCUCAGGCGUCCUGAUCAUGCUGUGCAUCAUAGUUUUCCACCAGUCUGUACUGGCACUGCUGGCAAGUGAUCACACUGUCCCUCUGCACUACGAGCUGUCCUGGUCAGUGGUGUGUGUAGGCUCGGCAGGGGCCAUCCUCCUUGUCGGUGGCAUUCUCUUCCUGUUGAUUUCUUUACCCUUCAAUCCAUUCAAGAAAUGCUUAAUGCACCAAAACAGCAGUGCCUAGUGGACUGGACUCUUUUUUUACUUCUACAUAUUAAUAAACUGACAGAAUUAAAGACUUAAAGACUGACUGGCUGAAAAGUCUGGAAAUGAAGGAUAAAAUAUAAUGAUCUCCUGCAACUGAUUGACACCGUAAUUAGAUUUUAGAAAAAAUUAUGCGCCAAGUGCAACUUUAUUGGGUAAGCUAUAUUAAACAGCAGAAUGGAUCUUGGGUUAUAUAAUUUUUUUUUUAGAUUAUAGAUUAUAGAUUAUAAGGGAUAUAAUCAUCUAAAGAUGAAUACCAUUAUUCAAAGGAACUACAAUCUUCAUUCGUCUUUCACUCUGUAAAUAAUAAAACAAACAAACAAAGAAUCACUUGGUUAAUUUCUAUUGGAUAUAGUAUUAAUAUUAGAUGCAUGUGGAUAUAAGAAGUGCUGAAACAGCUAUGAUACCACUGAUAGCAUUAAAACGAACAUGACAAUGUGCAGAAAAGAAGAGAAAAGAAAAACGUGCACAAAAUUAUUCAUUCAGUUAAAACACAAUGAAACUAAGUAUGGAUAAAAAAGCAUUAAACAAACUACUAGAUAUUUUUCUUACUUUCUCCCUUUGGCACGGUCAUGAUGACCUCCAGCAUGGAGAACGUCUGAUCUCCGGGAUGGAAUUGAGUUGUGGAAGGCUGUUCAGAAAUCGAAGGAGAUUUACUGUAGAUUAUGAAUGCAUCAUUAGGUAAUAAUCUGACCUUUAAUGUUCAAAUUAUUAUCCAAAUUUUAGGUUUCAUGACUUCAAGAGUCUACCGCAUCUUAAACUUCAGCUGUUCCGAAGCGCCUUAGGUUUAUAAAUGAAGUGAGCUCACAGACAAUUUGUUAAAAGUGGUGUUAUAAGCAGUAUUUUUACAUUUGCUUGUCAUCAGCUUUAAGUAAGAUGGCCCACCUCUCACUCUGGAACAUUCCACACCAUGUUAUGUUCAAUUUCCUUCAGAUUUGAUUAGGUUUUAAUAAAGAAAUUCUACUUUCCAAAGCUACUUACUCUACCUGACAUUAUCUGUAGUCAUUCCCAACAGGUUCAUUUUAGUGGGCUUAGUCAGGAAACGUUUAAAAACCAAAAACAUCCAAAACUUCAGGAGCACUUUUUUAUAUCCUUUGAUUAGAUUUGAGGCUAUUUACUGUGGUGGGAUGUACAAUAACAGAUACAGCAAAACACAACAUCAAAUCCCAAAACACAACAGCAGAUUCUGCAGUAUGACUGUAAAUAAAAAAAAACAGCAGAAGAGCAAAACUACAAAUGCAACAGCCAAACUAAAACCUUCAGUAAAACCAAAAACAAUACAGCAAACCCAAAAGCACAACAAAAUUAAAACAUGACAAAAAAACUAAAAUCACAAGAACAAUAGCAAAGGAACGCAAUAUUAUAACUAAAAAUGCAUAAAAAGCAAAAGCAUAAGAACAACUAUGGGAAAAAGAAUUGCUUGUUUGUUCUAAUGGGCUACAGUGUGUAUAUUGGAAAUAUAUCCUAUGUGAACCUAAAUAAAUGUACUUCUGUUUUUAUUCGUGCUUAGUUUGUUAAUGAAUUUUUUUUAUUUAUUUUUAUUCAGUGACAUGCUAAAAGGGGUAAAAGGAAGCAGAUUAUUUCUCAAUAUGAUAAAGAAGCCUUUAUUUGUAACAUAUAUAUGUUACAGCACAGUGAAAUUCUUUUCUUCACACACCCCAGCUUGUUGUUAAGUUGGGGUCAGAGCACAUGGUCAGCCGUGAUACAUUGUCCAUGGAGCAGAGAGGGUUAAGGGCCCAACAGCGGCUGGGGCUUCAACCUCUGACUUUGUGAUCAGGACCCAAAAGCCUUAACCGUUGAGCCACCACUGCCCUAUAAUGACUUUGUAUUGAAUUGUUUUCAUUAGACUAACUAGAUAACCGUCAAUAUAUUAUGUUUCCAAUUAGCAACAAUAGUGCGAUGUUUAAGAUGAUGUACCCAUCAGUUUUACUGUGUAAUAGAUUUUCGCUGCUUGUUGUAGUAUAGUUGUUGUGGUGUCUGAGUUGCUGCUACAUUGCUGUUUUUGUUGUUUUGUUUUGCACUUACAUGCCUUAUAAUUUACCUGCAGUUGCAGUUUGUGAUGUGUCGUCACUCUCCGAUGUAGUGUACAGCGCAGUGUACUCCUAGUGACUUUACUUGAACCUGUGUUUGGGUCUCCUAACAGAACAUCUGGCUGUACGGUGGCAGCAUUGCAGAAUUGUUUAGUGACUAUUAUGUUAAUCUGGUAGAGCUCAGUGUGUGAGUCAGUGCUGUGGAUAAAGGGAUGCAUCAAAGGGAGGCAAAGAAGAUCAAAGUAAUGAGAUCAUACAGGAAAAUCUCAGACUCACGGAUGAGAGAAUAUAUUAAGCAGAUACAUGGUAUUAUUAGCUGUUUUCUUUUCUUUUAACAUUAAUUUUCUUGCCAAUCAAUCAAACAAGCAAUGAGUCAGACAGUCAGUCAAUCAAUCAAUCAAUCAAUCAAUCAAUCAAUCAAUCAAUCAAUCAAUUAACCAACCAAACAACCAACCAGUCAGUCAGUCAGUCAGUCAGUCAAUCAACCAUCCAACCAACCAGUCAGUCAGUCAGUCAAUCAACCAAUCAAUGAAUGAAUCAAUCAGUCAAUCAAUCAGAGUUUCUCCUCUUAGCAGUAAGCUUACGUCUCUUUGCCAGCUCUGUAUAGUUUUUUCCCAGCAGCCCAUCUGUUUCAUAAUUAAGUCUAGUCUAUGCAGAUCAAACUAGCUGGGAACUGUUACAGAAGAGCUGACUGAGUUUUAUAUUGUGCUGGUUGGACUGAAACACAAAUCCCAUUUGAUUUCAUUCACAGCCACCAUACGUUGCUAGAUGAAUAUGCAUUAUGGGUUAGUGAAAAUCAGUUCAGCUCAACAAAGCUUAUAACCUUUACCUACAUUUUAUGGCAUUUGUUGCAUAUAAUAAAUAAAUAACACAAAACAGUUCUAAACUCAUCAAUGUCUUUCAGCUGCUGGAGUCCACAUGCUCUUCGUUUAUUCAUAUACUGAGCGACACUUACUAGUGGCUUUGAACGUGUUGGAAAUGGAUUAUUUAUUCUCUCUUAAAUGAUGGAAACUGUGUGUUCUGUAUGUUCUUACUGUAUGAAAUGUAAAUGACGUAUAAUGUAUUUUUUUUUUUUUACUUAUACACCAACACGUAUCUUUUUGUAUCAUACACAGACCUUCACACAGGCUGUAAAUAAUGUGUUUAUAUUUCACCCAUUUUCACUCUGUUAAUAACUCUUUAUUCAGGUUCAUGUUUGUUUCGAUGUAUAAUGUUGCCUUUACUGUAUAGUUUUGCUUAAGUAUAAAAAUUUUUGCACAGAGAAGCAUUUUAUUUUUUCCUUCCGUCUCUCACUGACUUUUGUAUUUGACUCGGUUUUAAAAUUAGUGCACGGUUCAUGAGAGCACACGGAUUUGUGUGAGUGAGAAAUAUUAUAUUAAAUACUAACACACACACACACACACACACACACACACACACUAUAAAUAAAUUUUUGACGCUAUUAGUUUAAAUGUUUCUGCUCAGCAUUCUUUUUCAAUUUAACACAAAUUCUUACAUAUUUAUAUAUAUAUUACAAAUUGUAUUAUAAGCAAAUUGCCCCUUGCUCAGGGGCCCAGCAUUUGCAUCUUGGUAGACUUGGGAUUCGAACUUGUACCCUUCCAAACAGCUUAAUCACUAGGAUACCACAUGCCACAUACAUAUAGUCCUUUAUUAAAAGAUACAAUGCUUGUGUUUUGCUCUGAUCUAGAAAUGUCUGCAUAUUUAUUAGGCAGGAAGCUAUCCCAAGUGAUGCUUUAACACAGCCAUGUCUGCUUUAACCUCCAGCCUCUUAACAUAUCACAAUCCAUUUGGUGAGAAAAAGAAAAGAAAAAUCAGUUACCUGUGUAAAUUCUCAUCGUAACCAUAAAUGGAUUUGGAAACUGGCUCAAUAUUCCCUUGCUUUUGUUACUGUAUUUCCUGGUAAAAAAUGAACCAAAGAACAAAUGACAUCACGCCAAGAUUUUUACUUUUGUUGUUUUUUUUAUAUAGAAAAUCCGUGCAAUACAGUGUUUAAGUUUAUCCCACAUUUAGAUAAACUGUUUCUUGUGUUGAUAUAUCUAUUCUCACUACAUAUUUAGAGAUGUUCACAUGAAUGCUGUCUGCUUUUUGCAUUUUCAUUGUGGUUUAAUAAACACCUCCAGUUUCAAUAUAGUAAAUGUCUGUG